GGGUGUGUGUCUUUUCCCUGGCUUCUAUCAGCUUCUAGCGUAUUUGCUGCCUCGGCCCAGACCGUGCCCAUUGACGCAGCUAGCCAUGGACCUGAAGUCGGGAAGGUCGUUAAGCGCUGCCAUGAUUGCAGGCAGUUCUUCCGUGGGCGCAGACACGCAGUUGGUCAGCGAGGCCUUGUAUGGCAUGUUCCUUCUGAGCCGUCGGUCGGGCCUGGAGAUCGGCAAGGAUGCAGCCGCCCUUCGCAGUGACGACAGCUUGAGCACUUCUGCAGGGUCUGAGGGCUCGGAAAUCGACCGAUACGAGCGCCAGGAGAGCGCAGAUUUUAAGCCGCCACCGGGCUUGGAGGCCAAAGGUUUACUGCCUCCACCAGGUUUUGAGGACAUAGAGCCACUGUCGCUGCUAUCUAUGGAAACGCCAAUGGCCACUGAUGGAUGUUCAUACAGUUUGAUGCCUUGGACGGCCAGCCUAGCGUUGAGUCGCCACCUCCUGGGGCUGCUGUCCUCUCGCCGAGGCAAGCAACGCUUACGUUCCGUCGAACAGCAGAGCGGCGCCCAACUCAUGCUGGACGAGCAGUGGCAAAUGCUCCACCUUGCUGGAGCAUGCCCUUCGAUCUACAAGGCGCAAGAGCUGUUGGAAAUCAUGGAAGGCUUCACCGUGGACAUCUCCAGUGCCAUGUGGACCGAACUCAUGCGAUGCCGCCGCGAGGACGAGGACAGCGGGUCACCAUUGACCUUGAGCAAAGUGCAAGAGAUUGUGGGCUACCGUGUGCACGUGGAACGAGACUCUCGGGCCUUGAGGAUCUUUGGACCAAAAAACAUGGAGUCGAGCGCAGCGAUUUUGCUGAAGAGGUUGGAGGAGCUCUGUGUCAAGGAAGUUUUGAAGUUGCCGGAGGAUUGCGAUUGGAAUGAAAUCAAGAUUCUGCAGAAGAGCGGCAAUCUCACGCUGAGGGUGGAAGGGGAGUUCGUGGAGCUGGAGGGCAUCCAAAGUGCGGUGCUAGAGAUGAAGCAGGAGCUGUGCAAGCGCCUCAAAGUGAUGGAACCCCAGGACCUGCGGCAAUGUUGGAAGCCUCGCCCAUGGUGAGAUGAUGUGAGAUGCGCUGCUUCUCUUGAGAUUGACGCACGAGAGGUUGAGAAUGAUGUGAGAAUGAUUUGCUACUUUUUUUUGUUCGCCCUGAGAGGGCGAAUCUGCACAGAAGCAUCCACCUGCGAUUGUUAGAUCCCUUGCCAAGCACAAGGCACAAAAUGGCAAGGAAAUUUGUGAUUUGUAAAGCCCCACCUUUCCUUUCCGACCCUUUGAGUUGAG